AUGUACAUUGUUGCAGCUACCGCUUGCGACGUUACUAUCGCCAUCCUCGUCGUCACUGCAGCAGCACUUUGCCACGCCGGAACUACUGCGGCUCCGCAACGGCCCCCCAGCCCGCUGACGGUGACGUCAUCAGCGAAGUUCUCUAUAUUCGAUAUGUUGAGGCAGCCACCGUCGCCACCGCCGCCUCCUUCACCGCCACCGCCACCACCGCUCUUCAUCGCCGGUCUGUCAGCUAGAUAUGAGGCGGACUUCUUUAACAAUCACCCCGGCGAAACAGGUGAAACCGAUCUGCCACUCGUAUGA